AUGUCAAAUGGCUUACCUGGAUUAUUACGUAAAUCAUUAAAAGAUAUCCCAGUUAAAGGAUUUAUAAUCCCAGCGGGUUGGACUGUAAUGCUUGUCACUGCAACUUCGCACUUAAAUUCUGAUAUUUUUAAUGAUCCUUUUGAGUUCAACCCAUGGCGUUGGAAGGAUAUUAAUGCGGAUGUGGUGUCAUACAACUUCAUGCCUUUUGGUCGAGGAGUGAGACAAUGUCCAGGGGCAGACUACACUAAAGCCGUCAUGGCAACUUUUCUACAUGUCUUGCUCACCAAAUAUAGGUACAAAUGUUGCUUUAAAUUUUUCUAA